AUGCCUCGCGGAGUCGGCGAAGUGACCAAAGUCUUCUAUAAAGGCAGCACCGACGACUUCAUCGUCUUCGUCGAGUCUCCCCAAGAUCUCAAGGCAUGGCAAGCCGACCACUCGAUCCCCCUGGCCCAGGUGGUGAAUAGCUUUAAGAUUAUGGUCACCCACAAGCAUGGUGCGCAGGGUCCUCUGGACGGAGCAAGUAAGGCCAGUCUGGAGAAUGAGUUUGGCACCAGCAAUGAAGAUGAAGUCAUCAAGAAGAUCCUCAUGGAGGGACAGCCACAAACUGUGAUGACCGGUGAACGAGGAGGUGACCGCAAUGAAUCCAUGGGCCCAAGACAAGGACAUCCCACUGCGUAG